AUGGAGCUCGUCAGGAAAGACACCGGUUCAGACCAAAGCGACAAACCGCGAUGGGAGGGCGCGCAUCCGCGCCACGCCGGCUCUUUCGUGCUCGCGGAUACAGACGAGGCACAAGUCGGUGUCAAGACCGUUGAAGCGGCAGAAAAGGUUUACGGCAAGUACUCGAAGUGGUUUCUCUUCAUCGGUCUUGCGCUGGCGUCGUACAUCUAUUCGCUAGAUGGUUCGACGACGUACACCUACCUGGCCUAUGCUGCCUCCACGUUCGAGGAGCACAGUCUGAUAUCAACCAUUCAGGUCGCUCAGUCGAUCAUCAUUGCAUGUGGUAAGCCUGUCAUGGCGAAGCUUGCCGACACCACAUCACGCGGUACUGCCUACAUCGCCGUCCUCCUCUUCUACGUUCUUGGCUACAUCGUCAUUGCCUCUGCGCACAGUGUCGGCGCCAUUGCCGUCGGUAUCAUUCUCUACGCGGUCGGAUACACCGGCCUGCAGUUGCUCACCCAGAUCAUCAUUGCCGACAUUACCACGCUCGAAUGGCGUGGUCUCGUGUCAGCUUUGACCUCGGCGCCGUUCAUCAUCAACGCCUUCAUUGGCGCGAACGUUUCGACUGGCGUGCUCGAGCACUCGACGUGGCGAUGGGGCUACGGCAUGUUCGCCAUUCUUAUCCCCGCUUCACUAGCGCCGCUCAUCGUCACUCUCUGCUGGGCCGAGCGCAAGGCAAAGCGGCUCGGCCUCACUCCACCGUCGACAGCGUUCGUCGGCGACAACCUCUGGCAGCGUGUCUGGAACUUCUCCGAGCAGCUCGAUCUCGUUGGACUCACCCUUCUCGGCGCGUCCGUCGCCCUCAUUCUUCUCCCUCUGACGCUCAGCCAGACUGCCAAGGGCGGCUGGGACAAUGCCUCGAUGAUUGCGAUGCUCGUCAUUGGUAUCGUCCUCCUCUUUGUCUUCAUCGUCUGGGACACCCGCUUCGCAAAGCGCCCGAUCAUGCCGCCGCGCUUCCUCAGGAACCGUGCAUUCAUCGGCGCGACCUGGAUUGGCUUCUUCGACUUUGUCUCCUUCUACCUCACGAACACCUACCUAUAUUCUUUCAUCCUCGUCGUCAAGCCCUGGCCGCUCAUCAACGUCACGUACUUCACCUCGACGCAGACCGUCGCUCUGACGGUGUUUGGCAUUCUUGCUGGCAUCCUCAUGCGUUUUAUGCACCGCUACAAGUGGCUUCUUGUCGUCGGCCUCUGCAUCCGCCUGCUCGGCGCGGGCCUGAUGAUCCACUCGCGUGGCGCUAACGCGUCUGAUGCCGAGGUUGUCUGGACGCAGAUCCUCCAGGGCUUUGGAGGCGGCAUCGCUGCCGCCACGUCGCAGGUCGGUGCGCAGGCGUCCGUCACGCACGCCGAUGUCGCCAUCAUCACAGCCGUUGUCCUGCUCUGGACCGAGAUUGGCGGCAGCGUCGGCACCGCGAUUGCCGGCGCGGUCUGGACGAACACAAUGCCCAAGCAACUCGCGAAACACCUGCCGCAGCUGUCCGACGCGCAGCGUGCCGAGCUCUUCGGGAGCAUCACGUCGGUGACGGAGUAUCCGCGCGGGAACCCGAUACGCGAGGGCGUCAUUGGCGCGUACGACGAUACGAUGAAGGUCCUCUGUAUUGCUGCGACGUGCAUUGCCGUGCUCCCGAUCCUGUGCGCGCUCGUCAUGCCGAACUACUACCUCGGUAACAAGCAAAAUGCGGUCGACAGGACGGACCUCGCCGGUGAGCGGUCCGAGCCCGACGACGGUGAGGAGCCCGGGCCCACACGGUAA